GCAUGUCCAGAUUGGAUGAAGUGGCACUGUCUAUCGAUAGCGUGCUAAAGUAUAGGCUCGUGAAAACGAUUUUAAAAAGUGUGCUUAAGUAUCUUCGUAAAACGUAUGGAUCAAGGAGUUACAUUGCUGUCAUGGAUUGUUCUGAAACCCAGUACUACUUGAAUGGGAACUGCCACCCUUGUCUGCAAUGUGGACCAGGACAAGAGCUGUCAGAGGACUGUGGUUAUGGAAGUGGACGGUCGGCUUAUUGCAUCCCCUGUAAUGUCAAGACUUAUAAAGAGGGUCGGGGUUACCACUUCUGCAGAUUCUGCCAGUCAUGUAAACGCAUAAACAGGCACCAGAAGUCACUGUGCACCUCUAAAAGCAAUGCUGUCUGUGGGGAGUGUUUACCAGGCUUUUACAGUAAGACACGGAUAGAUGGCUUGCAGGACUUGGAGUGCAUGCCGUGUGGUCCCUCCUCCACCACUGAGCAGCAGUGCAGCCGAAGCAGAGAAGUUGAUGUGGAAAAAGUCUGGAGCCCAGAAGGCCCAGCCCAUAAUGCUGCUGUUACCGCCACAAUUUCUGUAGCCCUGGUUACCAUGGCAAUCCUAGCUGCUGCCUUGUUUAUAUACUUCAGACAUACCUUACUAAAGAAAAUAUUUAAAGGAUGCCUGGCUCCUCAAAGCACAAGUCAGAAUGACAUGGAGUGUGCAGCAUACCCAGUGAACAGGGUCACACUGAACCUGGAGCAGGAAGGCCAAGACUCAGGUGCAUGUGAUAACUCUACCACUACUGCAGAAACAUUGGCCAGACUGCAGUCCAAAGUGGACAUGAUUGUCCCUCUGGGGUCCAUUGUACUAAGCCCUGACCUUAAAACUCAGGACCACAGAUACCUCCUGGAGACCCAGCCGCUGGUGCAGAACUCCACCUGCAGUAACUGCUCAUCUGGGUUUGUCUCUCAGAUAUCCUCUGAGCCGCCCUCAGUCAGUGGGGACGUCCCACUCACAAUGGAGAUCCCUGUGGGUCCAAUAGACAGUGGGGAGUAUGUGGCAGGGUCCUUGUUCCUGCAGAGCAGUGAGGGAUACUGUGCCUCUGAGCUGCAGGAGAGCCCUCUCCAUCAGCAUGUCCCAGUGGAGUGCACUGAGCUAGACUUCCACAGCACUGCAGCCUCAACACUGGACCUCGACAGUACUACAGACCCAGACUGUAGCUCUGUGAGCCUGGGGAUUACUGAGAUAUCUGAGAUUAGGGACGGCUCCUCCGGAGACAGGUUAGGAGGAAGACAACUGAGGAGGAGUCCAUCUGACUGCCCAGAGGAGCAAUCUGACAGCUGUUGGAGCAGCCAUCAACAACCCUGCAACAGCAGUCUGGGAGGCAGUAAUGCGAUGGAAACAGUGAGCCUGCUGAAGAAGUGUAUUCGAAUCAUGCAAGGGGUUCGUCUAGGCAGGCUGCCGCAGGCCUUGGUGGAUUCUCUGGCUCUGAAGCUGGACCCAACGUUCCCAGGAGUACAGAACUACCAGCAGGUGGCGCUGAAGAUGGGCAUAUCUCACGAGUUGCUGGAAGACCUGCGCGGGUUUGAUCAGGUCUUUCGGUACCUUUCCUCCUGCACUCUGCUGACAGUACCUGAACUGCUCCACACCUUCUAUCUCCUGCAAAGGCUUGACACCCUGCUCCUGCUGUGUGAAUAUGCCCUGCAGUGCUAUGUCACAGGAUGCACAUGCUAACUGUUGAUGCUAACAACACUUCUGCCAACACAACCUAGAAGGCUGACAUCAACAGGUUAUAAUAUGAUCAGAAUGCGUACUACUGAACUAGAACCUACCUGGACCUGGAACAACAUAACUGCUCAAACUCAGAUGUGGAUGUGUAAACAUUUAGGGGUUCACAGGAAAGCUGUAAAACCUAUUGUUGUUAUUAGAUUAUUUGUUUUCCUUGACAUGGUCAAAUAACGCAAGCAUAGAUUGGUAACUUUUUUCUAAUUUUACACACAGAAACUAGAGACCUGAAUAACUUGGUCAAAAAUAAUGGCACUGAUUGACCUAUAUGUGGCACUGUUAUAAGCAGUCUCACUUAAACCCUCAUAUCCGCCGCCUCGUUUGACCUAGAGACUUGAAACGUAUCUAGGUGUUGUUCUUCAUACUGAACAAAUUUGCCUCAAGGAACCAUGAAGUCUGUCGGGACAGGUUUUCCUCCAUUUUGGAAAUCCUUUGAAAAAUUUCUCAUGAACCAUAGGUAACUUCUUCUCAUGAAAUUCGGUAUGUAGGCGCAUGGUACAUUUCAUAACUUAGUUUGAGAAAAGCUAAGCGAUUGGUUAAGAGAUGGCUGAGUUAUUGAUAAAUCAGGAAAUCCGAUUUUACGUGUCCAUUUAAAUCCUUUGUAAAUCCACCCCACAAUGGCCUAUCAACUUGAAACCUUCUAGAAUAAUAAAAUACAUUACCACAAUGAGCCAUGCUACACUUGGAAUUGAUAUCUUAAAAAUAUGGACACUAUUAAUGUUGAGGACAAG